GACGCGUCGUAUCAACAUUCGUGAAUCUUCUCCACUCCCUCUCUCUCUCUCUCUAGAUUUCAAAUUUGUUAUCUCAAUCAAAAAUGGGAAUCUGUGUGUCGUUUCGUCGGGAAGAUUCAAAUUCUUCACCGACGGUGAAGAUCGUGACGGUUAACGGCGAUCUCCGUGAAUACAAUGUUCCGGUGAUAGCAUCUCAAGUUUUGGAAGCUGAAUCAGCGGCAGCUUAUUCAUCUUCGUCUUCCUCUAGACCUUCUUCAUAUUUCAUCUGCGAUUCAGAUUCUCUCUACUACGACGAUUUCAUACCGGCGAUCAAAUCGGAAGAGCCGCUUCAGGCGGACCAGAUCUACUUCGUUCUCCCGAUUUCUAAACGUCAGAGUCGUUUAACGGCGUCGGAUAUGGCGGCUCUCGCCGUUAAAGCAAGCGUCGCGAUACAAAACUCUGUUAAGAAAGAAUCUCGUCGGCGUAAGAAGGUGAGAAUCUCUCCGGUUAUGAUGUUGACGGGGUCUAACGAUUCCGUUAACGGAAAUGGAAGUGAAACGACAGUUAAAAAGGGACGGCCGUUUGUGAGUAAAACUGCGCCGGUUAAAGCUUCGAGUGGGAUAAACCGGUCCGGUUCGGUUCGUAAUUUGAGAAGAUACACUUCUAAACGAGCUAAGCUGGCGGUUCGAUCUUUCAGGCUAAAACUUUCAACCAUCUACGAAGGCUCCGUCGUUUAGAUCGUUAUUUUUUUUUUCUUAAGUUGCUUUCAAUUUUGAGGAACAAAUAAAAUUAGCAAAAUGAAAAUGAAACAAUAUAAUUAGAAGAAGCAUAAUUAUUAUUUUUUUGUUUUGUUAUAAACUGAUGAAAUAGUUUUCAUGAAGAAAACAUUGUAUAUUUUUUCUUUGAUUGUGUAUUUGGGUCACGUACCAUAGACUAGUGAUCGUAUAUGUUUACCAACAAACUUAUAUAUGAAUGAUGAUGUUUCUCAAUUUAACCAUCCUAAGUUUCCAACCAUAUAUACACUACAAGAUUUGAUGAUAUAAAUCGUGAAUGUGCUUAUCUUUUUUGUUGUCUUUGAUUAUAUAAUGUAAAAAAGUUACGUGAAAAAGUAUAGUUCGAUGCUAAAUUCAUGAAACUGAACAACUAUUU